CCGCGACUUCCGUCAUCGCGCCCGUGGCUUGUUUCUGUGAAUUGUGUGCGCUUGCAUGGGGCUGCAGUAGUCCCAUCUGUACACAUUGUCUAUGACCCAAUUCGCAUCUUUUAUCUCUGCAGGCUUUCCCUUUCGGUGUGCAAAGCCACCCUCCCAACCCCUAGCCCUGGCCAUCUUAUCCAACCGCGGUACAUAUCCAGCCUCGAUCGGGGUGCGAUUCGGGCUUGGAGGCGAUCAACGCUCACACCUUUGGCUGGGCUGACACCGCCUUUAAAUCCGCGCCGCCCACGCUCCUUCGCGCCUUCAGCAUGCGCGCAACUUCUCUCCCAUAAUGGCUGAAUCCACCUCCAUUGAAGCCCAGAACGGGCACGCGCAAUACCACCAACCGCGCCCGCGGAAACCUACCAGGAUUGAUCUCUUGAAGCCGCAACCGAGCGACGAAACCCUGCGGCCGAAUGGAUCCCUCAAAGAAACCGCAUCGGGGGUCUCGAGCGGCCGCACCACGCCCAUACCCGAGAACGCGCCGCCCUCUGUAAAGGCUACUUCGAAUGCGCGACGCCAGAUCCGCGCUGAGCAGAGGCGGCGCAUCUUCCCCUCUAUCGAAUACGUCGACCGCGUGUCCCACUUCGACCCGACGAGCGACUACCAUGACUUCCGCGGCUUCUUCGUGCUCUUUUGGAUUGGACUUGCCAUCAUGGUCAUUACGACUAUGUUGCGCAACUACAAGGAGAAUGGAACUCCUCUGCUCAUCAGGCAAUGGGAGCUGUUUACAGAGAAAGUCUGGGAAUUGGCCAUUUGCGACGGAGCCAUGGUAGCCAGUACUGCGUGGUCGCUUCCUUUGCACAAGCUAUAUAUGAGCGUCAAUGGCUAUCUGCGCUGGAACAGGCUGGGUAUGGUGGUUCAAAGUAUCUACCAGGCCAUCUGGCUCGUUUUCUGGGUCUCCUACCCAUUUGUCAGAGACUGGAGCUGGACGGCCCAAGUCUUCUUUACCCUGCAUUUGCUUUCGAUCUUCAUGAAGAUGCACUCUUACGCCUUCUACAACGGGCAUCUUAGCGAGACAAUGCGCCGGCUUAAUGACCUCGAUACCCCAGCCACUGCGUCCAAAGCAGCAGCAUAUAGGUAUCCGAGACCGCGGACACAUCUCCAUGAGAUACCCCAAUCUCCUUCCCAUGAGAACGCCGACGAGUCUGAGAAGGAGAAGUUGCGCCAGCUACGGGAAGACCUUGCUUUCGAGCUUGCAUCGCCGCUUGGCCACGUUUCCUACCCGGAGAACCUCACUCUUUCCAACUACAUUGACUUCAUCUUCUGUCCUACUCUCUGCUAUGAGCUCGAGUAUCCGCGGACAGCAAAGAUGCGAUGGAUGGAGCUCUUCUACAAGACGCUCGCGGUGUUUGGAUGCAUUUUCCUGCUGACCAUCACCACCGAGGAAUUCAUCCUACCCGUGCUCGAUGAGUCUACGAUUCGGCUUGAAGCAUCGACUGGUGCUUCAGACUUCGCACUGAUUCUCGGUGAGACAAUUGGCCGUCUACUCUUUCCGUUCAUGGUCGCCUUUCUACUCGUGUUCCUCGUCAUCUUCGAAUACAUACUGGGCGCGUUCGCGGAGAUUACGCUAUUUGCCGACCGUCAGUUCUACUCGGAUUGGUGGAACGUAUGCGAUUGGCUAGAAUUUUCGCGGGAAUGGAAUAAGCCGGUCCAUCACUUCUUCAGGCGCCACGUCUACUCGGCCUCGCGAGGCCAUAUGUCUCGUCCGGUUGCGACGGCCAUCACAUUCCUCAUCAGCGCCCUCGCACACGAGCUUGUCAUGGGCUGCAUCACGAGAAAAUUCCGCGGCUACGGCUUCUUCGCCAUGAUGCUCCAGAUGCCAAUUGUAGUGGUCCAACGCUCAAAAUGGAUCAAGGGUCGCACCCUCCUAAACAACAUACUCUUUUGGUGCUCCAUGAUUCUUGGUCUGUCAAUGAUGUGCGCCCUGUACGUUCUCGUGUAAGUAAGCGGUCUCGGCGUAUAUACCCUGUGUAGCAUUUACCGGUAGCAUUCGGGGAAGGACUGGGCGAUAUACCCCUCUCGUUACUGCUUUGGAUUUGUUUAGACUGUGCAUACCGUUGUCGUACAUAAUGCAAAUAUCUCUUAUAUCUAGAAAGGACCUAC